AUGCAGUUCUCCAUCAUCGCCAUUGCUACCGCUCUCAUCAGCGUUGUCGCUGCCGCUCCUCUCGACAACCCAAACUGGCCCGGUGAACUCCUCAAGAGACAGGCCCCAGGCACUCCUCUCUACUACUGCCACGAUAACUGCGGACAAGCUAUCGCUGGAUCCCGCAAGGCCGGCAAGUGCACCAGCCCAGCUUUCAUCCACAACUACGCCAACUGCAUCCAAUGCUCUGGCCCAGAUAACAACAACAUCUGGUUCCACUACAGCAGCACCUUGACCCCAGCCGGUACUUCUUGCGGCUUCCCAACCACCCCAGACAGCGGUGUUCAACCCCCAGUUGGCCCAGCGAUCCCAGACGGUGGUGUCUGGCCUUAA